AUGGCACCCUUCGAAGCAGCAAAAUCGCUCAAAAAUCAUCUGAAUUGGAAGUGCGAUGCCAAUUGCAAUCUGAUGAGCUGGACUACCUCUUUGCUCUUUGCACUGCAGUACGGCCUCUAUCGCCAUCAAAAGGAUGACGAUCGUCCUGCAUUCGAGGAUAUUUUCUUACUCAUGAUUGAUACACGCGAUUUUCCAGAAUGGACCUUCAUCAAGGAUUUGGAGGCUGUUAACGCUUUGAAUGAUUAUGCGAUGCGACGAUGUGAGGAGGUCAGCUUCCAGAAGCUGAUUGAUCUGGGUCUCUUCGAGUUGCUCCCUCCGCUUGCUGUUGAGGCCGAAUGGGAGAAGUGGGCGAGGAGGGCAAUUGAGCUUCGUCAGCCAUUUUACAGAGGAGAAAUUUCGAGUCCUGUCGCGAAUGAAGUGGAAAGAGCUGUUCGGAUUGCGGGGGAUGGCUUUGGAGGCCGCUGGACGUUUCCUGUUGCUGCUAUGUUGCUUGCAUUCAGGCCUCGUGCGGAUGAUCAGGUCAUUCUUGAGGGAUUCAAGGCAGAAUUUUCAGAGGAUAAGAUACGAGAGUUGUCGUUGCAUGAUAUCCAGAUUGAUUGUCAUGUACUGCCUGAUGAUCGUGACGGCCUGCCUGAGCUCGUUCAAUUUAAGAAGCUCGUCAAUGACGUUCAUCGCCAUUUUAUUGGGAAGGAUAUCAACUCGCUUUUUUGGACAGUACGGUGA